GUGGAGCUUAUCUUUCUGAAUGUCUGUCCAGAAUUGCUAUUGUUAUAUUGUAAGCACCAUCAUUUGAUCAACGUCAGAUUCCGAGCUGAUCCAAUCCGUUAUUCUUUUGACUGGGUAGACUGUCUAACAUACAUUAUACCUGGAGCAAAAUUCUCAGGUAAAUUUGGUUGGUAUUUCCUUUGUACGAUUGUAGAUUAUCGAUUUUCACUAUAUUUGAUUGAGUCCAACCUGCCAAUGUGGAAGCAAAAGGAUACCGAUCGAAUGCUUGUUGAAAUUGCUAUUGCUGCAACAAUUUUAUUUGCAUUUUUGGCUACAACAAUGAAGCAAUGUUCAAUACGAAUUAAUUUUUUAUUUAUUAUCAUCGUUUCAUCUUCAUUCUACCUUCAUUCACUUCGAUUAGGUGUAAAUCUUUCUAAUCUACCUGCAUUAUUUUACAAACGAAUUUUUGAUGGAACAGAUCAAAGAUAUUAUCUAUUAUUAUUUUACCUGAUAUGUGUCUUUGCAACAUUAAUAUUUUGCAUUAUUGUGAAUCAUUUAUCACAUAGCUCAACUGUACAUCGAAAAUUUUUCCAUCUCACAGUAUCAUUAAUUUGUAUAACUGGUAUUCAGUAUGAUUUUGAAUUUAUUUGGUUAUCUGCUUGGUUAACACUUUGUAUUUUUGUAAUUAUUGAGGUUUUUCGUUCCAAAUGUGUAUCACCAUGGUCAAAGUAUUUAAAUGAUUGGUUGUUAAUUUUUAUCGAUAAACAAGAUUCACCAAAACUUAUUUUAACUCCUAUUUAUCUAAUGGCUGGGAUAUUUUUACCACUUUUCCUUUCACCAAUUGCUAAUAACGAAUAUCGUCAUCUAUAUCAUUUUGCUGGUGUUGCUACCAUUGGUGUGGGUGAUAGUUUAGCAGCAAUUAUUGGCUCAAAAUAUGGACGUUUAUAUUGGCCAAAAUCACAAAAAACAAUGGAAGGAAGUGUUGCAUUUGCUAUUGGCCAAUUUAUUUUUUGCAUUUUAAUAUGUUUGUAUUAUUUAAAAUGUGAUAUUAACAUGUAUCAAUUACUUUGGAUUAUGCUUUCCUCAUUUACAUGUGCCUUUUUUGAGGCUAUACUACCUGCUAUGGAUAAUAUUAUUCUACCUGUGAUAGCUUAUUUAAUUCUUUCUUAA